AGUGUGUGUUGUGCGUGUUUUCAUUGCAACACAGAAAUGGAAAGCAGGGUCAAAACCAAAAGGGUCUGCACCAUUGAACCCAAAAACGACAUCGUACCAACACGGAGCUGGGAUGCAAUGAUCCCAGAAAUAUUAUCCUUGAUAUUCACGAAAAUAGUCCCCGUGGAAGAAAUGGUGAGGGCGGUGAGCUUAGUCUGCAGAGGGUGGCUGGAGACGGUGGUGGGGCCGUACUGUUGGAAUGAGAUUGACGUGGAACAUUGGUGUCGCAGCCACUGGAACAGCUGCAACGCCGGCAAUCGCCGUGGUGGGCUCCUUAUUGACUCGGUAGUUAGGAAGCUUGUUCGCCGGAGCAAGUUUACCGCCGGAAAGUUCUGUGCUUAUCGCUUGGGUAAUGCCGGUUUCUCUUACAUCGCCAACUGUGGAAGAUGUCUCAAGGUCCUAAAAAUUCCAGUAAGUGAGAUAACUGAUCAAGUAGUAGAAAAGCAUGCAGAAUUACUAGUGAACUUGACAGAACUGGAUAUCAGCUAUUGUCUGAAGCUCACAAGCAAAAGUCUUGAAGCAUUUGGGAAACACUGCAAUUUCUUGACUCAUUUGAAGAGGAACAUGCCACCACUGGAGCUUGGGGCAGUUGCGGCUUCAGAGACUGAUGAUGAUGAGGCAUUCGCGAUAGCCAACACCAUGGCAGGGCUUGACCAUCUCGAAUUUGGAUUUGCUCGCGUGACUGAUCAUGGCCUUUGCACGAUACUUACUGCGUGUAAGGCUCUUACAUACCUUGACAUUCAGGGAUGUUGGAAUGUAAGAUUGGAGGGAGCUCUUGAAGAAAGAUGCAAAGAGCUUUUGGUUUUCAAGACUCCCUGGACUGAUAUUGAAAGUGAAAGUGAGGGAUCUGUGGAAAAUGAUAGCAGAGGAGAUGAUCAGAGCUCUGAUUAAUCGUCUUCUUCUGCUUCAGCCUAAGUUACAAACAUUUGGUUCACUUUUUUGUGUGGCUCGCUUGAGGUGUACUUGUGGGUGGUUCAGCCAGGGUCUGUACUCUGCAGUCUUGAUUAAGGGAUAUUGAAAGCAAGUAAAUGUUGUUUGUGGUGCUCUUCUUUUAUCAAUGGACAUGAAUGACAAGCUAGCAGGACAAAUAUUGGUAAAAUAUUUGGAAAUUUGCCUUGGGUGGAUUAUUGUUCUAAUGAUUGCCUUCCUCUUCUGUAUCAGCCUAAGUUACGAACAUUUGAUCCACUGUUGUGUGGGUAGCUUGAAGUUUAAUUCUAGGUGGUUUGGCCAUGUUUCUGUAGUCUUGAUUGUGGGAUAUUCAAAGGAAAUUUUGUUUGUGGUUCUUUUUCUUGUAGCAAGGCACAUGAAUGAGAGGCAAACAUGAGAAGUACCAGGUGAGAUUUUGGAAAUUUGACAUGGCAGAUUACUGUU